AUGACGAAAGAGAGAGUUUUGAACUUUCUCAAACAGGGAAACCUGUUGACUCGAAUCAGACGUCGUGCGAAGCCAACGGAUGUCUUCCACGGAUUUGAACAUUCGAUUGGUCUCUCUUAUCAAAACAUUCAGAUGGAUCGCCUCUCGGUCGACGCUACCAAAUUGUCAUACCGUUAUCCUCUAGGCUGCAAAUAUGUUGGAAAUCAAAGGGUACUAUCUCCUGGACUGGCAACAGCCCUCAUGGACGAGCUAAGUACCCAACUGAUAGGAGGAGGAGCUCUGGCACCACCCGGUGUAAGUGUUUCUUUUCACACACACUGGUUUCCAAGACGCCUGGAUAAGGAGGACCUGGAUAUCGAAUAUGUUGAUAUCAUCAACACUAUCACAAAAGCAGGCAAGACAAUUGCGCAUACACGAACUGAGUUUGUAACACCUGAUCAACAGAUGAUUGGAUAUUCGACGCAUGUCAAGUUUCUACCGACAGGGAAUUUCUUUCUUGAUACCCUCAUGUCAUCCUAUCCUCCGUGGCAGUCAUCAGCACUCUCCAACUUUGCCAACCGUUGGCUUCCAACAGCUUCUUCUACUACAACAACUGAACAGGAUGCACGUUCUCCGGCAACAGUCGCACACGAACUGGUUCAAGAAAGACUAACGAUGACAUCGUCGGAAUUGGGCAAAGCCCAAUUUCAAAUGACGGACGAGCAUACAAACGGUUUUGGUGGUUUGCAUGGAGGCUGCAUCACCAUGGUUAUGGAGAAGGUCGCCGAGCCCUAUGCCCAGGAAAAACUAGGUGGUGUCAAUUCAAUAGAAAUGGAGUCGCUUCAAGUUCAAUUCCUAGCUGCUGGUCGAGGGAAGCCACAACUUCAAGUUUCGUGCCAGACGAUUGAUCAUAUAGUGCAAGACGAUCGCCAAAUUUUAAUGGUUCGCGUUGACAUUUCACAGACGAAGAAAGACAAAACGACGAUCGUUCUGGCACAAGGCACUCUGAAAUUUACUGCUCCACAUUUGAAAAAGUGA